AUGCCUGUUAGACAAACAACAACAACUGUAACUACAACCCAACCACCGAAUAAAUAUGAGUACAAAACAAUCAAAGAAUUAUAUAAACUGGAUCGACCAAGUGGUGCUAAAUGGUGUUUUUACGGUGUUGUUAAAUUUCGACGAGAUAUCAAUGAUAAUUGUAUGCUACUAGGCAUUUGUGAUCCCACGUCUUAUGGAAAAGGUCCGAAGGGUGUCAGUUGUCUUUUGUAUCGUGAAUCCUUUGCUGGUAUGAUUGAACUUCCGGUUGAAAUCGAAGUUGGGCAUCUGAUACGUUUGCAUCGCAUGAAAAUUACUUCUUACAAACCGGAAAGUGGUUGUAUUCAAAUGAAAUCAUCCAACUAUUACAGUUGGCUUAUAUUCAAUGCUGAAGAUGAUGGGAAUUACAAACCGAUUGCUCAAAGUAGUUUUUCUUACACAUUUUGUAAUGGUGAUCGUCGUAGAAUUGAUGAUUUGCGCGAGUGGUUAUCGUCAUUUGGCGACGACGAAACUUUACAAAGUGAAUUGGAUUUUCAAUAUAUUUCGCUUGAACCAAAGUUGUUCAACGAUCAAUCUACACAAACAAAUGAAAACGACGCGCACCGUGUCAAUACACGUGAGAUGAUCAGUUCAAGCGAUGAAAGUGAAUCAUCCGCGUUACUUUCGACUCCAGAAGUUAUCGAACCGAUAAAAAAACUCCAAAUAACUGCGUUCUUUUAUUCACCUCGAUAA